CUCGUGAAAGUAUUGGACAACUUGCGCUCAGCAUGAAUCCAAUCACAACCACGUCGCUCAUUUGAUUAUUCUUACGACCAUGCAAUGACCACCGCAAUGGCGUUCAGCAGAGAUGCCCCUGCGGUGAACGGGAAUACCAAAGAUGCUCCAGCAAGAAAGAGAUUAAAGACAACAGACUUGCCUUUAGCCAGUGCGACCAGAGCUGCCAUUGAAGGUCUUGCACAUACUUUCAAGAAGAAGGGAGGCUAUGAUUCAUUGCGCAAGCAGGUUUGGGACGAUUUCGAGAAGAGUGACCUCGAAGCAGAAUUUACAAAGUCAGUUCUUAGCGUCGCCGAAGAAGAGCUCGAGAAAAGCCCUUCCGCCCUCUUGAAACUCGAAAGAGGCAAAGCCACACUUCUUAUUGAAGGUGCCGUCGACCGAGCAGGAGUCUACCAAACAGCGGAAGCUAGGAUUGAUGCCUUGAUUGAUGCGCAUGUCGAGGAGAUUGAGACUGGUAUCAGGGCCUUGAGACGGGAGGACAUUGGCGAAGAAGCCGCCGCUGCGGAACAAGCCAGAGGUGGAAAGACAGAGGAGCAGUGGGCUGAGGAAGCCAAGAGGAAGCGGGAUGCCAGGGAGAAAAUCCGACAAGAGGAGAGGGACAGAGAGAAGGCAAUCAUUGACGAGAAGAGAAGAGAGGAGCGCGCUAAGAGGAAGGAGGCAGAGAGGAGACAAGAGGCUGAUGAAGAGAGGAGAAGAGCUGAUCGGGAAGCUCGCCGAAAAGCUGAGCGCGAGAGAGAGGAAGACAAACCCAGGGACCGCGAUCGAGACCAUGAUCGAGACCGAGACCGAGAUAGGGAUCGAGACAGGCGUACGGACAGACGUUCUGAUAGAGAUCGUGGUCGCGAUGAUGACCGAGACGACCGGUAUCGAAGACGUGAGGAUGAUACUUCCCGCCGAGGCUCUAUUGUAGAGACGAAGGAGCAUACACCAAAACUCGAGCUGUCAAAGGAGGAGAGCGAACGCUUGGAACAAGAAGCUUUGAACGACUUGCUGAAGGAAGGAAAGCGGACCUCACAACGUUCGAGACAUCAAUUAGAACUCGAAGUUGAUGAGAGCUUGGCCCCACCACCUCGGAAAGCUAUGCCAGCCUCAGCUAUCAAGCCUAUAUCUCGAGACUCGCCGGUCAAGUCAGAUGUCAAGAAAGUCCUUAAUGCUCCUACUGGUCCAAAGGCAGAUCUUGAGGGCUUUAAGACACCUCAUCUUCCUGAUAAGCGUGUUGAGGACAGUCGUGACAGGAAAAGAAGUCGAAGUCGUGACCGAGAUACUGUCCGGAGAUCAAGCAGAAGCAGGAGCCGUCAUCGCCGAGAUAGCAGAGAGAGAGACUCUCGACGAGGCAGUCGAGAUCGUGAUGAUCGACGACCUUACGAAUCGAGAGACCGAGAUGACAGACGCCGCCGAGAUAGCCGAGAUAGACACCGAAGAUCUGAUAGGGAUCGUUCACGCUCUCCAGAUAGACGUAGGGCCAGAUGGUCUCGCAGUCGUAGCCGUGAGAAGCGUGAGCGUGAUGCUUCCAGAGAUCGCCGUGAACUCGCUGCAAAACAAUGGAAGGCAGAACAACAAGAGGCCAAAGACAAAGGCUUACCCCCUCCAGUUUGGGUUGAUCGCACUGAACGGAAACAUGAUGACAGUCGCAUAAAUAGUCCUGUUUCCGCCAGAAAGCGAGAGUCCUCUCGGGACAGAGACAGAGACCGUGAUCGUGACCGCACUUCUCGUGCCCGCAGCAGAUCCCGUUCUCCAGUCAGACGCGGCAGCAGGAUCGAGAGAUCUACUAGUCCUAUCAACAUCGAUCGUUAUGUACCAGGAGCAUCAUCUCGCCGUCGCGAGAGCACUACUCACAAGCGAGACAGAAGCCGCAGCAGAGAUCGCGAUCGAGAUCGAGACAGGGAUAGAGAUUCUCGCCGUACUCGUGAUGAUGACAGAACUCGCCGCAGAAGCCGUUCACGCAGUCGCAGCCGAAGGCGUGAUAGAAGCAGAGAUAGGUAUCGUGACCGUGAACGAAAGAGAAGCCGCAGUCGAAGCCCUGAUGUCAAGCGAGAGAGAAGUCAUCGAAGCCGGUCUCGAGAGAAGGAACGCGAGAAGGACAGGGAUAGGAGACGUGAGAGGAGUCGAAGCCGGGAUAAGGAGCGUGAUAGGAAGAGGGAGAGAAGUCGAUCCAGGGAGUCGAGAAGAAAAUAGGUAUUGGAACUCAUGUCAUGCGAUGUACGAAUAAGCAAGGAUACUAUGGAGGUGGGAUCACUAGUGGGAGGUGAUGGCGUUCUGGAGCUGGUUAAGUCGAGCUGAAUCGAGGUCGUUGCUUGGGUCCAGGAUACUUCGGAGUCACUGGACUAAGACUAUGGCAAUGAAAUGACUUGUACUGUAUGUAUUUUGUAUGUGUACAGAAUUGCCGUUUGAGGCACUACCAUUGAAGCCCU